AUGGGGUUUGUACAAAGGAAUAACGAUAUUGUAUUAUUUGAAGACUUCUUGAAGCCUGAGACAACAGCCUUGUGCUGGAAGCGCGUCAUUACAAAUGCUUCCAAAAUAGGCAAGGGUUUGUCUAGAGAUACCAAGGCACACAUACUGGUUUCGAAACAUUGGAUUGAAGUUAUUGAUACAAGGCAUCGUUAUGGUAACAACUUACAACUAUACUAUAAAGAGUGGUUUAAAAGUUCCACCAAACAGCAUUUCUUUUUUUGGUUGGAUUUUGGAGAUGGCAAAGAGGUUGAUCUUGAAGAGUGCCCAAGAUCAAAGCUUGAUCAACAAUGUGUCAAGUAUUUUGAAUCAAAAGAGAGAGAAUAUUACGAGUAUGAGGUCGUUGAUGGAAAAAUAUUACACAAUAUAACCAGAAAACUUCUUCACCAUGUAUCGCCACAACUGAAAUACAUCUUUGUAGUGAGCAUUUCUAAGAAACUCUACAUUGGAGAGAAAGAUAAAGGAAUUUUCCAUCAUUCCAGCUUUCUUGCGGGAGAAGCUUCUUUAACUGCUGGGAGACUCUUGGUAGAAGAUGGAGUUCUUAAGCGUAUCUCACCUUCCAGUGGACAUUAUAAGCCAACUGAGGAUAGCCUUGAACGAUUUUUAUCAUUUCUCAAGGAAAAUGGAGUCAAUCUUGACGAAGUCCAGAUCAGGAAGGCGAACGAAGACUUUGAGUCCUAA